ACAAAAGUUCCCCGUCUUUUGCCUUCGUUUCUUUAUUAUUCGUCAACAUUAAACAACCUUAGGUAUUAAUAAAAAAAAAUGAUAAUAUCUAUUUUUGAGACGUAAAUUGAUAAGUGUUAAUUAAUAUAAAUUUUCGAAAAAUCUGUUACGGGUAGUCAUUAAAGUUACUAGUAAUUUAUUAAAUUGUAAUGUCUUUAGAACAAACUGCUUGUGAUGCAAUUCUUACAGACCUGAAGGCUUUUGAAAGACGGCUAACAGAGGUGAUAGCAUGUCUCCAGCCGGCUACAAUGAGAUGGAGAAUUGUUCUUGCUGUGGUGUCUGUGUGUACAGCCAUAGCCGCCUGGCAUUGGCUGACUGAUCCUCUUACUCCUGUGGUAUCACUGACACAAUCUCUCUGGAAUCACCCAUUUUUUGCAUUUACGUCUACCUUUCUAGUUCUACUAUUUAUGACGGGAGUCCAUAGAAAAGUAAUCGCACCCAGCAUUAUAACGGCAAGAACACGUUCUGUGCUGAACGACUUCAACAUGUCGUGCGAUGAAACCGGCAAACUCAUACUUAAACCGAGACCAGCAAAUACUUAAAUACAUUUAUUAUAAAAUAAUUAUAAAAUAUUGUUAUGUUAAAUAAAACACAUACGGAGAG